AUGGACGGAUUUUGUUAAGAUAAUCGUUACAUAUAUUUAAUUCUUGAAUUUGUAUAAGGAGGUGAAUUAUUUACUUAUUUAAGAAGCGUAGGAGCUUUAGAAUCUGAUCAUGCAUGCUUUUAUGCUGCACAAGUUGCUUGCAUGUUUGAACAUAUUCAUUCUAAAAAUGUUAUUUAUAGAGAUUUAAAACCGGAAAAUUUAUUAAUUUCGGACGACGGAUUUCUAAAAUUAACUGAUUUUGGUUUCGCUAAAGUAGUUGAAGGACGUACUUAUACACUUUGUGGUACUCCUGAAUAUUUAGCACCAGAAAUAUUAUUAAACAAAG